GUCUGACGUGAGAGGGGAGUGAUCCAGGAGUAUCGCCUCGGCUGCUCCAGGACUUGUCAUCUGUGCCCGGCGGUGGUGGGCAGGUCUGACGUGAGACAGGGAGCCAUCCCGGUGCGACGGUUCUGCUGCUUUGGCCCCGGAGUGUUUUGGCCGGUGGCGCGGCGGGAGGUGUGGAGGCUCAUGGCGAGGUUUAAUGCAUUCAAAAGGACUAAUAUCAUACUGCAACAUUUGAGAAUGUCCAAGCACACGGAUGUAGAAGGAGACGUACUAUUGGAACGAAAAGGUUGUGCCGGAGUGAUAACACUUAACAGGCCAAAGUUCCUAAAUGCACUGAAUCUUAAUAUGAUUCGGCAGAUUUAUCCACAGCUAAAGAGGUGGGAACAAGAUCCUGAAACUUUCCUGAUCAUUAUAAAGGGAGCUGGAGGAAAGGCUUUCUGUGCUGGGGGUGAUUUGAGCAUGUUAGAGGAAGAUUUGUUAGCCUUGAAAUCUCCUUCAAAAGAAAAUAUUGCAAAUGUCUUAGAAACUUACCAUACAGAGCCGGAUGGGAGGAUCAGUGUUUCACAGCUGUUAGGACAGCCACCUAGUAAGGUGACUUCUUUACGGUGCGGCUGCACAGUUGUCUUCCGUUUCAGUGAACUUCGGUACAUUCCGGUGGUCAGCCCUUGCAAGGGCUUUUUACAACACAGUAUGACACUUCUUUGUUUUUCAGCCAAUACCAUGGAGCAGAUUAUUGAAAACUUACAGCAAGAUGGUUCAUCUUUUGCCCUAGAGCAGUUGAAGGUAAUUAAUAAGAUGUCUCCAACCUCUCUAAAGAUCACACUAAGGCAACUCAUGGAGGGGUCUUCAAAGACCUUGCAGGAAGUAUUAACUAUGGAAUAUCGUCUAAGUCAAGCUUGUAUGGGAGGUCAUGACUUUCAUGAAGGCAUUAGAGCUGUUUUAAUUGAUAAAGACCAGAGUCCAAAGUGGAAACCAGCUGAUCUAAAAGAAGUUACUGAUGAAGAUGUGAAUAAUCACUUUAAGUCUCUAGGAAGCAGUGAUUUGAAAUUUUGAGGUGACUGGUCUUUUCCAGGUAUAUUUUGGAGCAGUGGUUGGCAAACUGCAGCAUAUGGUCCAAAUCCAGCUUGCUGCCUGUUUUUAUACAGCUUGCAAGCUAAGAAUGGUUUAUGUAUUUUAAAAUGGUUGGGAAAAGAAUCAGAAACUAAUAUUUCAUGAUUUAUGAAAAUUAUAUGAAAUUCAAAUAUCAGUGUUCACCAAUAAAGCUUUAUUGGAACAUAGC